AAUGUUAAUAAAUUGAGUAAAGAUUUCAUAAAUAUUUACUAAUAAUGUCAAACAGCUCAGAGAAGCUAGACCAGCUUGAAAAGGCGAAAGCUUUAAAGAGGAAAUACUUUGAAAUUAUUGACGGUCUCUUUGAAAGAAAUAAUAUCCAGGCUGAAUAUGAAUUUUUCGAUACCCCUCAGUUUCAAGACGAGAACAAGAUGUUCACAAUCCAGAGAUACAAAUCAGCACGAAGAAAGCUUAUAGAGGACCAGCUAAAGCAAAAGCAGCUUAAACUCUGAUAUUCAUAUUGUAAAUUAUUAGAUCCCCUCGCUAGAGACUCUGAGAUUAUCAACAGAGCACUCAUGAGAGGAAAAUUCACUCUGAAGUGUAAAUAAAGAUGCAGAUAAUGCCCAAGUUAUUGAAGAAUUUGUGCAAGAGCCUCUUGCUUUUUAUAUCCAUAAAGCUAGGCAUUUCAUCGACAAGGUUAUCAAAAAAGAAAAUAACAUCGUAAAAAGCUUAUCUCCUCGAGGUAAGAAAGGCUCUAGGAGGCAAAUCAGGAGUCCUUUUUCUUCAUUGCAAAAUAAGGCUCAACAGCUCAAUCUGCCUAAAAAGAUAAGAAGUAUUGCUAGCAAUUUAAGAAUAAAUCCCAAAAGAAAAAAGAUUACCAAGAAAUUUAAGGGUCCUAAAAGUCCUGACCUUGGCACUCAGUUCGAGCUCACUAUAAAUGUUAGAGAUGAAGCAGACCCUUUGGCUAUUCUAAAUUCACCUGCAAAGGAGCAUAAAUUUAGCAACCUUAACGUUUUUGGAGGAGAAAAUCGUCAAAAUCAGUCAAGAGCUGGCAUGAAUAAGAAGAAAUCAGGGCCAGAUUACAGUCUAAAAACACAAAAUAACAAUGAUUUAUUUCCAAGGCAUCUGGACUCCUCUCAAACACCAAGAAAUAAUAUCAAAAUUGGCAAAUUUGAAGGCCCUAAUCAAUAUAAUUUAGAGAAGAAAAUAACUAGAGAGAUAUCGAAAUAAACUUCAUAUUGACACAUCCGAUAAUAUCGUUAAGAAUAAUUUCAUGGCAAAUUCUCCUCCUAAAAGCCCAAAUUUUUCAAACUUUCACUCAGAAGACAGAUCAGCAAGGAUGUACUACCUCAAUAAGAAGGAUGACAUUAAGAAGAAGUUAUUUAGAAUCGGCUCUAACAAAUUCAUCGGGAAUUCCUCUGCGACCGAAGAGGACCAGCCGCCUGUUGGCUUCCUCAAUAUUGAAGAUAAAGCAGUUGAGAAAUAACGUAAUUGCCUGUAAACUCCCGGUUACGUCUCACAUCAGUAGCCGAAGGAGGAUUAGAAAAGAAUCUGAGUCAACUCGGAAGGAAAUUAAGGCUUGAAAUAAUUUCAAGACUCGAAAAGUUAAUCAAAAAUUAAGAACCAUUGUACAGAAAUGAGAUGAUAUUGUCCAAGACGAACCGUGCUCAAGCGUAUUCGAAGGAAUCGAAUAUAACAUCAUUAAAGAGCAGUUCAUGACUAAUAAGAGGAAUUACCUUAGCCAGCUGCUUCAGAAAUACGAUGACACUCCUAUAGAUUCCAACAACAUGUUAGUAAAGCUCAUCCAAGAACUAACCAGUGAAAAAUAUAACGAUGAUCGGAAUAAAGACGAGGUAGUAAAAGAAUACAAGAUAUCGCAGAUGCCUUCAAAGUUCAUUCGGAAUAAAACUUUAAUUUAG